CUGGUACAACGCGACGACGGACGAGAGCCAGUGGCACGCGCCGGGCGAGGACCCGCCGCCCGACGACUACGCCUACGACGCCGGCGCCUACGCCCGCGACGGCGCCGACGCCGCCGCGCCGGCGGCGGACGUGAGCGCGCUCAUCAGCGACGACAGCGACGACGGCGGCGACGGCGCGGACGAGGAGCUGCCGCCCUGGGCCCGCGACGAGCCCCGCGCCGGCGGCCCGCGCUUCGCCGCGGCGCCGCGGGGCGGGGACCCGCGCUUCGACGCGGCGCCGCAGAACGGGCGCUUCGAGAAGCCCCGGGCGGCGGCGCAGAACGGGCGCGCCGAGGAACCGAGGGCGGCGGCGCAGAACGGGCGCGCCGAGGAGCCCCGGGCGGCGGCGCAGAACGGGCGCGCCGAGGAGCCCCGGGCGGCGGCGCAGAACGGGCGCGCCGAGGAGCCCCGGGCGGCGGACGCUCGCGAGCCGCGGGCCGCGGCGCGGAGCGGGGACCCGCGCUUCGCGUCGCCGGACGCGCGCGCGCCCGCGCCCGCGCCCUGGACGCCGCCGAGCGCGGCCGUCUUCGCCGCCGCCGAGGCGCACCGCUGGAUCGACGAGCCGGACGCGCCCCCGCCGGCGCCGGAGCCGCGCGUCGACGCGGCGCCGGCGCGGCCGCCGGCGCUCGACGUCCGCGACGUGCGGCCGCCGGCGCUCGACGUCCGGGACGUGCGGCCGCCGGCGCUCGACGCGCGGGAUCCGCGCGACCCGGCGCCGCGCGACCCGGCGCCGCGCGACCCGGUGCCGCGGGCGCCCGAGCCGCCGGCCGCGGCGAGCCGCGACGACGACACCUUCGAGCUGUCGACGGACGACGAGGACGAGGACCUCGAGCCCGAGCC